GCCUCAGCAAUGACCUCACUGUCAUCCACGGGGCAUCCCUGCAUGGAAGGACCAAAUCCCAGCCUCAUCUAUAUGUAUUCUACAAACCAACAUCUUAUUGACACAAUCUUUGCCACACUGAUCCCAAAAAAAAGCAGAGGAAAUACUUUGUCCGGAUGGAUUAUGUUAGUUUGGCCUUGAAAACUGCUUUGGUGGUUGUUCUGGUCUCCAAGAUUUUGCAAGUGUUUAAGAUUGUUGUGUGGAGGCCACAUGCCCUGACGAAAUGCUUCAAGAAGCAAGGAAUCAGAGGGCCACCAUACUCUCUCCUUAGGGGUUCUCUCGAUGAGAUAAAGAAGUUGCGACAAGCAGCCGAAGAAAUUAUAUUGGACACCAACUCAAAUGAUAUUGUUAAGCGUGUUCUCCCACACUACUAUAUAUGGUCCUCAGAAUAUGGAGAGACAUUUCUGUAUUGGCAUGGAACAGAUCCCCGUCUUUGCAUUUCAGACCCCGAGCUGGCCAAGCAAAUACUAUCAAACAAGUUUGGUUACUACAACAAACCCCGUGCGAGACCUUCAGUCGAGAUGUUAGCAGGGAAAGGAUUGGCUUUGAUUAAUGGACUAGACUGGGUUAGGCGCAGAAGAAUUCUUAAUCCUGCUUUCUCCUUGGACAAGAUUAAGGUUAUGGUAAAGAGAAUGGUGGUUUGUUCGAUAUCCAUGUUUGACGAGUGGAAACAUCAAGCUGAGUUAGCUGAAGACCACUGUACAAAGAUAGAGAUCUGCGGAGAAUUUCAAAAGCUAACAGCUGAUAUAAUUGCACACACUGCUUUUGGAAGUAGCUAUAUCCAUGGAAGGGAGGCUUUCACGGCACAAAGAGAGCUUCAAAGAUGGUGUGCAGCUUCAAGUGCGAAUAUUUUCAUCCCUGGCAGCCAAUAUCUCCCUACUCCAUCCAACCUUCAAAUGUGGAAGCUUGACAGGAAACUAAAGGGUUCACUAAGCCGCAUCAUGGAGAGUAGAUUGACUUCCAAAAUCAGCGGUGGUGCAAAUUGCCCUUACGGAGAUGAUCUACUCGGUUUGAUGAUGGCAGCUGCGGAACCUACUCAAUCUAAAGGAAAUCUCAAGUUGCACAUGGAUGAAAUCUUGGAGGAAUGCAAAACAUUCUUUAUCGCAGGGCAUGAGACGACUUCCAAUUUAUUAACUUGGACAAUUCUCUUGUUGAGCAUACACCCAGACUGGCAGGCAAAACUCAGAGAAGAGGUCUUGGAGGAAUGUGGGAUGGGAAUUCCAGAUGCUGAUAUGUUGGCUAAGUUGAAAUUGGUGAACAUGAUUCUACUGGAGGUCUUGAGACUGUAUUGCCCAGUGAUACUGUUGAUGAGAGAGGCAUCGGAAGACAUGAAGUUGGGGAAUCUAAUGAUUCCGAAACACACACUUUUAACAAUUCCAGUGGUGAAGAUUCAUCGAAGCAAAGAAUAUUGGGGAGAGGAUGCAGAUGAGUUCAACCCAAUGAGAUUCAUGAAUGGGAUCUCCAAAGCAGCAAAGCAUCCGAAUGCAUUAAUGGCCUUUUCAAUUGGUCCAAGAGCUUGUAUUGGGCAGAAUUUCGCGAUGCUGGAAGCAAAAGCUGUGCUUGCGCUCAUUCUUCAGAGGUUUUCCUUCUCCCACUCCCCUGACUACAAACAUGCUCCGGCCGACUACCUUACUUUACAGCCCCAACACGGUCUCCCUAUUAUUGUAAAACCUCUUAACAUGUGAAAUACCUUUUUUGGCUAAGCCAUGAACUAUUUCAUUGGUUUAAUAAUUCAAUGGGGUUACAUAAGUUAGUAGCCUUACAUGGGAAACACAGAGUUUGACCCAUAUAAACCACCCACCCUAGACAACCAUUGCCUGAACCCUCCCUUACAAAAUGAAAGCUCACUCUGUACGGUUCCAAUCAAUACCAGAAACAUUUCACGAAAACAUUUACUUAGCCAGAAAGAGUUCCUAAGUCAUCAGCAGGUCCUGUGAAAUACUUGCAGAGAACUUGCUUAAGAUUAUCGAAAAUAUUCUCUGCAACUAGCCUCAAGGGCGUGUUUUGUAUUGAUAUAGUAUUAUAAAUUUUAAUGGGCCAAGAACAUAAACAAAUCUAAUGGGCAUUAAUAAUUUUUAUUUUU